CAUGAACGUUAUAUAAGACGUCAAUUAAUCUCGUAAGCCGGGUCAAAAUUUUUAUUGUACCAUUUGUUUUUUCAAUGAUUACUGUUUAAUUAUAAAACGAAAUCUUUUGAGGAUGAGAAAUGUAGUGUAUAAGAGUUAAACGUGGGAAAGUCAACGAUAAUUGCAUUAUUUGCAUUUUAUGCCGUCAGAAGCGAAUUUAUUUUAUUCUGGAAUCUAUGGGAUAAUUUUGAGGAUUGAUGAUUAUUGAUUGACUGUAUAGUGACUUGAUUUCGACCAAGAUAGGUCUACAAAUUACAAUCUUAGUCUUCAUUAUACAUAAUAUACAAACGAUAACGUCACCCAUGACUUGAACAAAUUUGCUCAAUUAGCAUAUUAUAACAAAUUAUUUCUUAAAUUGAUCUUGAUCUGAAUAAAUUAAUAUUUAAAGUUUGAUUUUGAUAGUUUUUAUAAAAAUGCGCGCCUACAUAUUGUUUUCAGCCUUGAUGGUAUAUUUUCAAACUGAAAGUGUAAUGAUUUGUGAUGUAUGUGACUGCGAACAUAAGAAUGAACCGCCAACAGUUGGUGUAGUAGUAAACUGCUCCUUCCAUGAAAGAGUGCUAGAAGUGGAUCCUAUUUUACCGGAUGCAUCAAUAACAUUGGAUUUGUCCAGAAGCAACUUAACAAAUAUUCAACAAACAAGAACUUUCCAAUCGAAAACACUUGUGGAACUAUUAUUAAAUAGAAACUUCUUAAAAGAAAUAAAUUUAGAAUUAUUUCAGCUCCCGGAACUGAAAAUAUUAGAUUUAAGUGAAAAUGAAAUUCAACAAUUGAAUCCUAAUUCAUUUAAAGGUUUUACAAAGUUGGAAUAUUUAAAUCUCGCCAAUAACAAGUUUACUGCUAUGAGUCAACUGAAUUUCAACUCUUUGGUUAAUUUAAGAGAGAUAAUUUUGGAUAAUAAUAAUCUCGGAGAUGAUAUAGAAACAAGAUCACUAUUUGACGCACAAGGCUAUGGCUUACCAUUGAAUAUUCAGAGUGUAUCCAUCAGUGGCGUCAACUUAAAUAAUUUAAAUUUGGAAUAUUUCAAACCAGUUGACAAAACACUAAGGAAGUUAAUUAUAUCUAACAACAAUCUUAAUAUCAUUGUAAGUCUACCUCAGAGUUUGGAAUAUUUGGAUUAUUCCAAUAAUCCCAUUAAAAAAAUAAGACUAGGUGAUAUUCCUUUGUUAGAGUCUUUGGUUUAUUUAAAAGAGCUAAAGCUUAACAAUCUAGAUAUAGAAGAGGUACCCAAAAAUGUUUUUUCAACAUUAAUGCUCACCAAUUUGGAACUGAAAUAUAACAAAAAUUUGAAAGAAUUCAGCAAUUUAACAUUUGGCAGACAGCUAUUGAGCGACACAUAUGACUUCUAUUUAGAAAAUCUAACACUGAAAGGCUCAAAUCUCUCCACACUUGACAAGGGAUUGUCUGUUUUAUUUGUCAAGGUUAAGAGAUUGGACUUACAGCAGAAUCCAUGGGUAUGUGACUGCCGACUGGCCUGGCUACGCAAACUACCAAUAGUUCCUGAUUUAAUUGAUGAUUUAAGAUGCAGAUCACCACCCUAUCUCUAUAAUAAAAGAAUUUUUGACUUAAAUGAAAAAGACUUUGUUUGUCUGAAGUCAUGGUGGAACGAAUCACAUGUCGGAGUAACGAUUGGUCUCGUGUUUUAUACGUUACUUGUUUUCAUAACAUUCACGUGGAUUUAUAUAUUUAUAUAUCGUCCAGCACCUAAAGUGAAUAGGCAGGAAUAUUCACAACUGUAAUAAAAUUGAAUCGAUCGAGUA